AUGGGGGAUAUCAUAUCAAGAAAACCGUGGCUUUUCGAUCUGCGCUCAUCUAAGCAACUGAUCGGCCUUGCUGUAUUCUCAACUACCUUCACUGAUGGAUUCCUUUACGGGAUCAUCGUAUCUGUGCUUCCUUUCUCUUUAACGGUUCGGUCCGGAGUGCCAGAGGCUGAUGUCCCAUUUUGGACAUCAACUUCUUUGGCCGUGUUCGGUCUCGCGAUGGUACUUGGCGCCCCGAUAGCAGGCUGGAUUGUGGGAAAAUGUGAGAGACGCCAAAUACCAUUUUUGGGAGGCCUCUCUUGUGCAUUUAGUGCCACACUUUUGUUCAUGGUUGGAGCCAAGCCAUGGGUGAUCAUUGUGGCAAGGAUUUUCCAGGGUCUAUCUGCUGGUGUUGUCUACACUGCUGGAUUAACGCUGUUGGUGGACACGAUCGAGUCGCACGAUCUGGGACCCUGGAUUGGCUUCGGACUGUCGGGCAUGAAUUUUGGCGUGCUCGUAUCACCUCCUCUCGGAGGAAUUGUAUAUGAAAAAGCAGGGUUCUAUCCUGUCUUCAUCAUGGGUCUAGGCGCGGUUUUCAUCAACUUGGUCCUCAUUCUGCUCAUGAUUGACAGGAAGACUGCUGCAAAGUAUAGAGGGCAUAAUGAUUCCACUAAUAGUUGCUUUUUUCCGAAUGGAAACCCGCCAGAGAGUGUAAUUGCAAAUGCAAAACGGCGGGUAUUAACAGUCGAAGAAGGCGGUUCAAAUAUCACCACACCACUCCUUUCGCGUUGCCGCGAGACCUCAUCUGCGGCUGCGAAAGAUCCUUCUUGGUGGACUAUUGUCGGAGGUUUCCUUCGAAAUGAUUGCAUAUUUGCUGCGUUAUACGGAUGUCUCAUCAACACGAUCUUGGUGAGUGGCAUGGACGCGGUCCUCCCGACAUUUAUCAAGCAGACCUUUCACUGGUUUUCCGGUGCUACGGGAACUAUGUUUUUAAACUUGACCAUCCCAUCAUUGACGGGUCCAUUCGUUGGAGUGAUUUCAGAUAAAUACGGUGUCCGAUUGAUCUCCGGUCUGGGUUUUACGUUGGCAGGUGUCGCAGUCGCUCUUCUCGCCGUGAUACAACAUGACGAUACUACAAACAAGGUUAUGGCAUGCGUUCUAUUAUCUUUUGUUGGGAUCGGGCUAAAUACAUCGUUGACCCCGUUGGUGGCGGAAAUACCUCGCAUUGUGAAUACUGUACAGAAGGAGCAACCUGAUAUAUAUGGCGAUAAGAGUGCAGUCACCGAGGCCUAUAUGCUCCUAGACGCGGCAUUUGGCGCUGGCACUGUACUCGGCCCACUGCUUUCAGAGCUUGCGUUUGAGAAUUUAGGAUGGACAGGAUGCACCGCCAUGCUGGGGUUUCUGAGUAUGUCGGCCAUUGUUCCAGUGAUGGUCCAUUUAGUCCCAAAUCCGAAAGACCGGUAA